AUGGAAUUUGUGAGCUGCUUUCCAUUCAGUUUGUUGUUGGUGUCGGCUGAUGGAGAGACGUCAGAAAACCACAAAAUAAACAUACGUUGCUUUGUCUCCUCACAGGACGUAAACGGACAGGCGAAGGAGAGGUGUCCCCGUCUGUGUACUUUAAAGAAGGGGCCCAAUGGCUACGGAUUCAACCUGCACAGUGAAAAAUCCCGGCCAGGCCAGUUUAUCCGUUCUGUGGACCCCGGAUCCCCGGCAGCCAAAGCUGGGCUGAGACCGCAGGACCGCCUGGUCGAGGUGAAUGGACAGAAUGUGGAAAACAUGAAGCAUUCCGAAGUGGUGGCCAACAUCAAAUCCAAGGAAAAUGAGACCACGUUACUCGUGGUGGACCCAGACACAGAUGACUACUUCAAGAAGCUGGGAGUCACCCCCAUAGAAGCCUAUAUAAAAGGAGGUCUUCCAGGACCUGUCACAAGUCCCAGAAGACUUGGAGAGCUUAAUGGAGGAUCCUCGACUUCCUCAUCUCACAGUGAUCUGCAAAGUCCUGACAAAGACUCACAGGCAGGUGACGUGACCAAAAAAGAUCCCUUCGAAGAGAGCGGUCUGCGUCUCAGCCCCACAGCAGCAGAGGCAAAGGAGAAGGCACGGGCCAAGCGAGCCAACAAACGGGCCCCUCAGAUGGACUGGAACAAGAAACAUGAAAUCUUCAGCAAUUUCUGA